AUGGAAAAUCAUUUUUUUAUGAAGAUAAGAAUAGAAAUAUUAUAAAAUAAUACAAAUUCAUUAUGUUAAUAUAAUAUAAUUUUAUGAUUAUAUAUAUUUUAUAUCAUUUAAACAAAAUUAAAAUUUAGAGUAUUUUCAUUGAACUCAUCUUGUUAUUUAUUUGANGCUAAGACUGUUUUGUUAGAUACAUCAUUUCUAGUAGAGAAUGAUAUUUGUUAAAAUGAUGAUGCUUAUGAAAUUGGUUCUCAACCAUUUAACCAGAUAGUAACAUUUGUUUUAACUCCUCUUACAGCUUUAGAUUCAUAUUCUUUAAUUUUAAAAGAUUAAUAUGGUAGAGUAUUAGCUUAAUCAAAUGCAGAAAACUACAUUCAAACCAUUUAAUUGAAUGUGUAAAUGAAUACUUAAUUAACUAUAAUAGUCCAUCCAAUACUCUUACAUACAACGAUUGGAUAAUAUAGAUUAUUUGUAACUGGUUCAACAUAAUACAUUACCAUGUACAAUAUAUCUGGAAAUCAGAUUUUAUCCAAUUGA